AUUUUACUCUAUACGCGUCGGUACACAUUUCGAAACAUUUUUUUAACACGAAGAUGAUGACGAUAAAAAUUAGAAUAACGAUUUAACGAUAAUGCGUUUUGUGUACGGCACUGAACUUCACGGUUCAAUCGGAUAUUGCGCCUGCGUUAAAAGUCCUGAGGGAUCCUUAACACAAACGGAGGAGAACAACCGAGUCAAGUCAGUCGCCGAGUAUCUUUAUUGUGACGUCUAUAAUUCGUCGUUUGUGCCUCGUUCUUGCUUGCUUUCCGCAUUGUUCUCGGCCUGUUUUUAGUAUUUCCGCGAUAGCAGCACCCACACAUCCAGUUUAAUCCGAAGAAAUUCGAACGGUUUUCGCUACGCGUGUAACUAGAUAGAAUCCGAUUGAUAUAAUGCAGGCUAACGGUUCUGAAAAUGUUGGUUCCGAAGGCACAAUCGAAAAAUCCGGAUGGACGGUCGGUUUAAUAAAUGGAAAGUUCAAAUACCUGACUGCCGAAACUUUUGGAUUCAAAAUCAAUGCAAACGGGUCCAGUUUAAAAAAGAAACAAUUAUGGACUUUAGAGGGUAGCGAACAACAAGUUUACCUUCGAUCUCAUUUAGACCGUUACUUAGCGGUCGAUCAGUUUGGAAAUGUUACGUGCGAGGCGGAGGAUCCCAGCGAUCCCGGCUGCGCAUUUCAAAUCCAACUUGCUUCCGAUGGAAGCGGACGAUGGGCUCUGAAAAAUAUUCAGAGAGGAUAUUUCCUGGGUUCUAGCCAGGAUGAACUGAAAUGCACAGCCAAAGCUCCGGGUGAAGCAGAAUAUUGGCUUGUACACCUUGCCGCUAGGCCUCAAGUGAAUCUGAAAUCUGCGGGGAGAAAACGAUUCGCUCACUUGAGCGCGACACAAGACGAGAUUCACGUAGACGCACCAGUUCCUUGGGGGGAGGAUACCCUCUUCACUCUAGAAUUCCGAGCUUCCUCGAUGGAAGAUGAUAGCCACGAUAAAUUCGUGGGUGGUCAUUACGCUCUACAUACUUGCAACAAUAAGUAUCUCGCGCGCGAUGGUAAACUGUUAGACAGUUGUACGCGAGACUGUCUUUACGCCGCCGAAUUUCACGCCGGACUACUUGCACUCAGAGAUCUGUACGGAGCGUAUUUGGCACCCAUCGGAAGUAAGGCAGUCCUGAAAUCGAGAUCAACGACUGUAACGCGAGACGAGUUGUUCUCCCUAGAAGAGUCGUUACCGCAGGCCUCCUUUGUUGCCGCGUUAAAUCAACGAUACGUAUCUGUGAAACAAGGAGUCGACGUGACAGCCAACCAAGACGAGAUCUCCGGGCACGAAACUUUCCAACUCGAAUUCGAUCGCGUGACUAAGAGAUGGUAUGUGCGCACCAUGCAGGACCGUUACUGGAGUCUCGAAGCCGGAGGUGGAAUUCAGGCAUCAGAGCACAAGCGUUCUUCCAACGCUUUGUUCGAUUUGAUAUGGCAGUCCGACGACGGUACGGUCGCGUUACGUGCCAACAACGGCAAGUUCUUGGCGACGAAGCGCUCCGGACACCUCUACGCAAACGCGGAUUCCGUGAACGGGCUGGACUCUGACACCAGCAAAUAUUACUUCUACUUGAUGAACAGGCCCGUUUUAGUGUUACGGUGUGAACAAGGAUUCGUAGGACCUAAGAGCUCGGCGAGUCCAAAAUUAGAAUGCAACAAAGCGAUCUACGAGACCAUCAGAGUAGAAAGAUGCGAGCGUGGAAUCGUCAGAUUUAAAGGUCAAAACGGCAAAUACUGGCACGCGGACAGCGAAGGAGUGACCGUCGAUUCGGACAUACCUUCCGACGGCUUCUACUUAGAACUGCGGGAACCGUCUCGCAUUUGUAUCAAACAUACGGACGGCAGAUAUCUCACCGCAGGCAAGAACGGAGCGCUGCGUCUUGGAGACACAGAUUACGAGUCCGCAACGAAAUGGGAAUUUUAAUCACCCAAACGAAUAUCCCGAGUUGUGUUCUUUUAAGAUUUCAUCGAUUCGGUAUAUUACAAGUAUGCUUUUUAGAGUUUUAUAUUUAAAACUGUAAUAUUUAACGUUAUAUUAUCAAACAGUUUGUUACAGGGUUUACUUACGCGUAUAUAUUGUUAGUGAAAAAUAUAUUAAGAAGCUGGAAUAGAACACUUUAGAUGAAACGUUUAAAAGAACACGGCUAGAAUCCAUCUGCCCCUUUUUAUAGCUUUGAAUAUAAUCUAAUAUAAUAUUUACAAAAUA